AUGGCAACGGCUCGCUCAUCUGUGAUUACCCUGUCGCGAAGGUCGAUUUCUCGGCCGCGGCCUUGCCUAGGAACACGCCUUUCCGCAAGCCUUUUUCUAGCUUAUGCAGGUAGCGGCAGAAUUGUACGCCCAGCCCGUGCAAGGUUCUCGACCUCUACAGACGAGGAACGUCCGCGGGCUCCAAAGAUUGACCGUGCUGCUUCCAAGUUGUUUAAGACUGCGGAUGAAGCGGUAGCUGAUCUAAAGAGCGGGUCAACUAUCCUUAGCUCGGGAUUUGGCCUAUGUGGCGUUGCAGAGACUCUAAUAUCAGCGAUUCAUCGCAGAGGGGCGACUGAAUUGCACUCCUUGACAGCCAUCUCAAACAAUGCUGGCGUUGCCGGGAAGGGUGGGCUUUCUACUUUGACGCAAGCCGGACAGGUUGAGCGUUUGAUCCUUUCCUAUCUUGGGAACAAUAAAGCCCUUGAGCAGAAGUACCUGAUGGGGAACAUUGCUAUCGAACUGUGUCCUCAAGGCACCCUGGCGGAGCGGCUACGGGCCGGAGGCGCGGGAAUCCCCGCGUUUUUCACACCUACUGGGGCACAUACGUUACUCCAAGAGGGUGAGAUCCCCAUCCGCCUAGACGCGUCCGGAAAGGUGCUUGAGCAUGGUAAGCGCCGUGAGACCCGGGUCUUCAAUGGUAAAACUUACUUGAUGGAGACUGCGAUUAAUGGAGAUGUGUCAAUACUGCGGGCAUGGAAAUCAGACGCGGCAGGGAACUGCGUUUUCCGCUACACCACAAAGGCGUUCGGCCCCAUUAUGGCCAAAGCAGCUUCGCUUACCAUCGUUGAGGCGGAGAAUAUUGUUCCGAUCGGCUCGAUAGAUCCCAAUGAUGUCGACUUGCCGGGGAUUUUUGUGGACAGGAUCGUCCCGGCAACCGACAAAAAACACAUUGAGAUAGAGAAACUGCGAUCUAAGAAUGAUGAGAGUGAGUUAAAUUCUGCGCGAGAUGUUGCGACAGCCAUGCGAAACCGGAUUGCUAGAAGAGCUGCCAAGGAGCUCAAACAAGGCUACUAUGUAAACCUGGGCGUUGGUAUUCCAACGCUCGCCCCCUCAUUCUUACCUGACGGAGUCAAAGUUUGGGUACAGUCAGAGAAUGGAAUUCUAGGAAUGGGGCCCUAUCCCACCCAAGAUGAGGUCGAUCCUGAUAUCAUCAAUGCCGGCAAAGAGACCGUCACACUUGUCCCCGGCGCCGCAACCUUUGACAGCAGCGAGUCAUUUGGUAUGAUCAGAGGGGGACAUGUAGAUGUCUCAAUAUUGGGGGCUUUGCAAGUGAGCGCGAAUGGCGACCUAGCAAAUUACAUGAUCCCCGGAAAGGUCUUCAAGGGGAUGGGUGGAGCCAUGGACUUGAUCUCCAACCCCGAGAAGACCAAGAUUGUGGUGGCCACAAGCCACACGGCGAAGGAUGGAUCGCCAAAGAUUGUGACUGAAUGUAGCCUUCCUUUGACCGGUGCCAACUGCGUCAGCACGAUUAUUACCGAUCUGUGUGUUUUCCAGGUUGACCGGAAGAGAGGAACGCUCCUGUUGACGGAACUCGCACCGGAUGUGGAACUUGAGGAAGUCCAGAGUAAAACUGGGGCGAAAUUCAGUAUUGCGGAACACCUGGAGCUUAUGGAAUAA